CCGGCCCAAGUUCCUGCCUCCUUGGGAACAAAGGGAACUCUGUCUCGGCAUCUGUCACCGCCGCGGCCCGCAAACUUUUUGGGGCGCCUCGGCCCCCUCGCCGCCGGCGCCGCCGCUGCGGGAGGGCUCCGACCGCGACCCCCGACCGCGGCCCGCGGCGCGACCCCGGCGCUGCCCAUGCGAGGGCCCAGGCGGCGGCGGCGGCGGCCCGGGGGUUCGAAGCAGGACCGCGCCGCGGGCGGCCCCGCCAUGUCGGACAGCGACUUCGGGGAGGACGACGGCGCCGCGGCUCUGGACCCGUCGCAGUCGAACAAAAGGAAGAGAAGGGGCAACCUGCCCAAGGAGUCCGUGCGGAUCCUGCGGGAGUGGCUGUACGAGCACCGCUUCAACGCGUACCCCUCGGAGCAGGAGAAGCUCAGCCUCUCAGGGCAGACCAGCCUCUCCGUGCUGCAGGUCUGCAACUGGUUUAUCAACGCACGCCGCAGGCUCUUACCUGAUAUGCUGAGGAAGGACGGCAAAGACCCAAACCAGUUCACCAUCUCACGGCGAGGGGGCAAAGCCAGCGAUGUGACCCUGCCGCGGGGGGCUGCUGCCGGCUCCGGAGUGCUGGUGGUUCCUCCAGUGACAGCGGGGGCUGCCAAGGUGCUGCCAAUAUCCAUGUGCCCGCAGGUACUGUGCCAUCCCACCCAGGUGCUGGGUGGCAGCCUGACGGUGCUGGGUGCCCGCAGCCCUGAGCGAGAGAAGCAGCCCGGCCUGCAGCGAGCAGAGCCAGACCCCCACCCCAAAGCUCCACCAGGCACUGCUGGCAGCACCAUGGCCCUGCUGGCACGUGCCGAGGCAGCCAGCCCCACCAGCGGACUGUUCAACACGCCGCCCCCCACACCCCCCGAGCUCUUCAGUGAUGACUUCAGCAGUUUCCAGCUGCUGGUGGAGGUGGCGCUGCAGAAGGCGGCUGAGCUGGAAUCACAGCGGCAGGGCGGGCAGCUGCCUCUCCUGCCUCAGACUGAAUCGCCGGGCACCUCCAUUGCCAAAUAGCCCCUUGUCCAGGUCCUGCAGGGUGCCCCUUCCCGGGGGUGCCCGACCUCCAGCCUUCUGCCACACACGGGGCCUCUUUUCUCUGGCCUCAGGAGCCUGUGACCACCUGCACCCCCACACAGCUCAUCUCAGAAGCAGACCUGUGCAUCCCCAUACCUCUGCUGGCCAUUGGGGUGAGGAGAGGGGAGGAAGGGCUGUCCCACCCCAUCCCAGGGAGAUGCCUGCCGCCAUGGAGCUCCUGCUGGGGACAGGACCCUGUGCAGGCGGGACCAGACCAAUGCAGCAGAGACCUCUCCUUGCCGUGACCGAUGGUCGCCGUGUGAAGCCACAGAACUCCCUCGGAAAACCUGCUGACUUCUUUUUCUUGUUCCUAGAAACAAGGGUCCAGCCCACACCACUUCUUCAGGGACAGGAAGAGAGUUUGUUAAGUUCGUCUCCAUUUUAAGGACUGUGGAUCUUUUUCCUCCCAGAUGUCUCAGAUCCUUUUUAUACCUUUCUCCAGUUGCAGAGGGCUGUAGCAGAGCCCCAUGCCGGCCAGGAGCCACGUCCUGCCUGGAGAAGGGCAGGGGACGGGCCAGCUGGAAACUUGAAGCCCGUGGCAAACAUGGGACCUUCCUCUUCUGCCUUAGGGUGACAGAUGCUGCCAGUAGAAAUCUCGAUGGUGCUGUUUAGCGGUUGUUGUCGUUUUUAUUACUUUUGUCGCUGUUGGAACCUUCUCCCCUUCAUUGUGAUUUAUGUUGUGGGGUUUUUGUUUUGUUGUUGCUUUUUUUUAAUUUUAAAUUUCUUCAACAAAUGUUUCCACGAUUUCCCCGCGUUUCCCUCAUGUUCCUGCUGAAGAUGUGCAGCUGUCCUGGAGCAGAGCGUGCUGCACAGCCUGAGCAGCACCGACUGCAGGCUGCUGUGGGGGGAGGACGCAAAGCCGACUGUGAAAUGUUUGUAUCCAACGUUUUUGUUCUUCAUUAGUUUUGUUUUCAAAUCACAUUUGGAAAGAAGCGUGCCGGGCAGGCCAUGGCGUUCUCUGCAGGUGCGCUGCUUGCAGCUGGAUGCCGGUGAGAUGCUUUGGGGGGAGGCAAGUCCUGCUGCUCCCCGCUACCUCCCCAGCCCUCCAGUGCGUGCUGGUGACAUCCAGCAACCGCUGGUGCCUGGGGGAGCCCUAGCAUGGCAGAGCUUGCUGGCGCUGGGGCUGUUUUGGGUCAUGGGCAGCUCCUCCUGGGAACUGCUUUCUGUUCUGCAGUGAGAGCCUGGGCACUGCAGCGGUCCUGGGACUGAGCUAUUGCUGUUUCACUGUAAACUGAAGUUAAAUAGCCUAUGUUAUCUAUCCUGAAAAACGCUAAUUGUAGGUUAUUAGCUUGAUGUUAAGUUGCAUGACUAGAGAUAAUGUCUACAGGACCUGGUACUCUGCAGCUAAUGGAGCCUGGGGGGAGCACUGACUCGGGGGGCUGUUUUUUCCCCUCUUUUCUUGUUUAAAGGAAAGGUGAUGGGAGGAAGGAGAGCUCCCAAGAGCUGACAGGCUGGGGAUGGUUUGCCAGCAGUGCACUGCAUCGGCAGAGUGCCCUUCUGCAGUGGGGGGCCAGGCAUAACUGGUCCCCAGCCAGGCAGGGGCAGCAGUGCAGUGCUGUGGGGCUGAUGCUCACCAUACAGUUACAAGCAUCGCCCUGCUCAGCUCCCCAGGCUCUGCUUCUGUCCAGCUUUUGCCUGUCCCUCCUUUUUGGGGAAAGCCGUGAACUUUAGGACUGCCUUCCUUAUUUGUAGGUAGCCCUUCUCCCCAGUGCUGUCCCCCGUUGGCAAGGAGAGGCUUUUCCCUCACCUCCCCUUAUUUUUGCCUCAGUCAAACCAAAGUGGGGACGAGCAGUGCUGCUGCACUGGGGGCAGGAGUGCUGCAGCUGUGCCCAUGAGAUGGAUGGAUAUUGAUGAACUGGUAUUGCUGCCCUGGGGGUGGACCAGAAAGAAUUUGAGGGGUUGGGGGGAGAGAGGUGGGAUUUCUGGAAUUAAAGUUUGGAGCAAAACAACUACUGUAAAUACAUUUUUGUUUGUUCUUCUGUUGUCAAAUAAAAGGUUUUGUUUUGUUUCUUUUUUUAAAUACGA